AUGGAGAACAUGGGAGGAAGAGGAGGAGGAGAUCGAGACCAAAAGGAUAUGAGGGGAAGAUCAAGGGAGCCGGCGGUGACGGUUUGUCAUGUUUGUGGAGACAGAGUUAGGCCGCAGUUGUAUUGUCCUUCUUGUGGGCAUCCUUUGUGUGGGAGGUGCAGGAAGGAACCUUCUCCGCAGAAUAAACAGGAGAUGGGAAGUGUGAAUGGGGAUGGUGGUGGUGAGAAGCAUGGACGGGGGGGGGUAGGGGACGAGGUUGAAAGGGUGAGUGUGGCUGUUGCUACUGGAUUGCCUUCACCUGCUGCUGCUACGACGCCCGAUGGGGAGGGAGGGGGGCUGGUGGAGGUUGUCAGGAAGUCGAAUGGGGAGAUCAUUGCUGUUGAGAAGAGGCGGCCCGUGAAGACGAAUCCGUUCGUCAUUGCCGACCAGAUUGCCAGAAAGGUUUCGGAUCCCCAAGUCAGCAGCACAACUAUUCCUGUCGUUGCCAUGCCUCCUGUCUCGAAGCUGCCCAAGUAUGAUCUUACCACUAUUGUUGACCGCAAGCGUCGUGUACCUGUUGCUCCGACUGACGCUGUCGAACAUCCCCGGAUUCAACAGAGCCAGAGGGAGCCCCACCCUGAGAGACUGUCACACAGUUAUGCUAGCUCGUCAAGGGGCUCGUCGGUUGUCCCGGCCCCCUCACCUGGAGUUCCAAGCAAUAGUGCGCGUAUGCUUGCUGCCGCUGAAGAGAGGGAGGAGGAAAGGACUGCUGCUCUGCAGGCCAAGGAUGGUCCUCAUGUUCACCGCCCGGAUCGGGAGCCAGAUCCUACUACGCCUUCUCCGACAUUUCAGGCGUCCAAUGAUAGAGCUCACGUCUUGCAGCAACAGGCGAGACGGGAAAAGGAGAGGACUACGCCUCCUGUUUUGAGACGGGUCAAGGUUCUUGCUCAGACAAAUAAAUCCGGGGCAUUGCAGCAGGUUCUUCAGGUGGAUGUGGACAGUGGUGGUUCUGCUCAGGACAAUAGUGGGAUGGAGACUGGGGGAGGUCGUAAGAGCAGUGGCAAGUCUAUUCCUCGUGCUAGAGUGACUAGCCCGCCUGCCUGGCUCAAGGGCACUGGCCCCUUAUCUUCUUCUUCUGCUGCUUCGGUGGCCGCUCAACCGGGGAGUAUUGCUGGGAGAUUGAAAAAGGUGGGGUUGGAUUCGAGCAAGACGAAGAGUAGUCCGCAGUUGGGUCAGCAGUCACUGGGGGGAAAGAAGAAGGAGGGGAGGGGUACGACGGAUUCCACUGCUACUGUUACUGUGGUGAGACCUGGUGUUGAUGGAGAUGCACGGCAGGGAUCAAACUCGCAGGUGUCGCCUGGGGGGCUUGGGAGACGGGGUGAGGGACAGAAACAACAAGAACAACAGCUGAGGAGUUAUCCUUCUCCUCCUGGACAGCAGAAGCAGCAGUUUGGUGGUCAGCAACAGCAUCAUUCUCAUGGGUCGUCUGGGUUUUGGAAGGUGCCGUCUUCUGUGAAUAUGAGUAUGGCUGCUGGGCCUGGGGCUGGGGCUAGGGCUGCUUCAAAGGCGACGAGUGAGGCUACGAUUGAUGGGAGUAACCGGCUUGGUGGAGGAGGCCGGCGAGAGAGGAGUAGUGUUGGGGGGACUGCAACAGGUCCUGCGGGGACGGGGACGGUGAUGGUGGCGGGGGAUGAGGAUGAUGAUGUUGGGAUUCAAGGGUUGACGAUUGUGUUGCAUUUGAGGGGGAAGGAUGAUUUGGUGAUUAGUACUGAUUUGACUAGGGAGGGGGGAGCUGGGACGGAGGGGGCCCAGGAGGGAACGGGUCGAGUGUUGGGAGUAGUUGGUCGGUGGGGAUGA